UAGGGUCCCACGAACAAAGUCUCCGCAAAUCAGGGAACAACUCGAGGAUUCGGAAUUUCGGAUGGGUAGGAGACGUAGCGGCCGCCGCCGCGCCGCCGCAGUGGAUGUGGAGCCACGAGGCAGUGGCACGCCCGACGACGACUCACCGGUUGAUCCCUCCGGCGGAUCUACGCACCAGCAAAAUUCCUCCGGCCAUGAAGCAGCACCAUCUCUCUCCCAGCAGACCGUGGAAGAGGAGACUCCGUCGCCGCCACCGCAGGACACUAGGGCUCUCAGGCGGAGGUUGCUGGCCCUGAUCCGCCGCUUCUACCUCGACGCCAUCUCGCGCCUGCCGACCGCCGACCUCAGGGCCACCCUCGGACGCGGCCUCCUCGCCGGAGGUUACUGCUUCGGCCCGCUCCACCCUGUGCACAACAUCAUCGCCAACUCCGUCUGGUACGCCGACGCCUUCCCCCUCCGCCCCGCAGACAGGAUCGAGCUGGAUGUACUCAGCUCCCAGGCCACAGACCGCGCCGCCCGCCGCUCGCUCGAUGGAUUGGUCGCCUGCCUCCUCCGCAUCUGCCCCUUGCUCUCCCCAGCCGACGCACUCUGCCAACUCAACCGCUCCCGUGCCGAUCUCCGCGUCGCCGUCGCCUCUGUUCAGCGUGCCAAACCAUCGCUUCUGCGUGCCGCCGGCCCAGAGGUUGUCAAAUCUGCCUUUCAGGAGGCCGCUGAGGCCGCACGGCAUCCCACCCCCGCAGCAUUUGCGCUCUUUGCGUCCUCACUGCUGCCCGGCGUCGAGCGUCAUGUCUCCCGUUUGCUGGUCAGCAAGGGCGGCGGACUCUCAAGCCUCGACAUUCGUCGCCUCUCCAGCGUGCUGCUGCCCUACCCCGUACCGAAUGAACCCUGCCGGUCUGUGCUGGUUCCGAGCCCAAAGGUCAGCCAAUGCAUCUCUGGCAGGAAGAGAUGCGUCACCAAAUGGUACAAGUGCUUGCUUGAAAUAGCAGAUGCUGCACUUUGCAAGUUCAACCGCCAAACUGGGCUACACUAUGAGCUUCAUACCAUGUAUGGUGAAAGCCUUUUGGAUGAUGAGGACUACAAUGAAUAUUUCCACAUCAAUUUCAUUGCGCAGCCAAAGGAGGAUCAUCAUCAUAGUUCUAGUUCUGGUGUAGGAUCAGGACAUCGUUUAUUUUUCUUUGCUGAAGCGAGUCCUCCACGCAAGGACUUUAGGGAAGAGGAUAUCUCCAUCUGUUGCCCGAUUGAAUCUUCAGCAGGGGAUAUAGACAACUGCCAUGCUUGCCUCAUGAAUCGACAGAAAAUCAAUCACCCUGCUGUGGAACCUGUAUAUCACACCCAUGUUCUUCGCUUUGGUGAGCAGUGCUGCGAGAUUGGUGCAGUUGAUCAUGAGUGGGAUUUCCGGCCAGCUCUGGGUGUCGACUUUUUAUGUUUUGAUUCUGACAGGGACUAUGGUCUCCUGGAAUACCUGCACAAUUUUUUUGCUCGCAUUGAUGCCUACUGUUCCAAUCUGGAUGCCGAUAAAAACUGAUGCAGAUAUCUUGUUUGAUAGUCGUGACCUGGCUGGGUUAAAUCUUUAUCUGGCAGAAUUACUUCACCGAUGGCCAAACUCGCUGGUGCGACAACCAAGGGUCGGGUUCUUUCUAGUGGAGGGACAUUUUGAAGCUUGUUGCAGGCGACAGUAAUUCUUUCAGAGACCUGUGUUCUUGUACUUGUAAAGGUCUUUGCCGCGAAUCUGCGUGUUUCCGUCAAACGACGAGGUUCUGGACAUCUUCCACCCUCCUCGCUUGCAAAAAUUUAUCUGACUCUACCUAUAUAAACCACUUGUUAUUAGCA